CAGUUCAGUUAUUCUUCUAGCGCAGCAAGGCAAUUUCCUACAGGCACCGUUGUCCAUCUCCCUAGAAGCAACCUCGAAUCAUCUCUCUGCACGUCACACAAACAAUAACACCGACCUGACCCUCACCACGUGGCAAAAAUCUAUAUGUUACUCAUAUUAAUUUCCCUACACCUGCACACACCUGCACACAGAUUCCAUAUCCAUGUCCGUCAAAACCCUUCACACCAGGCUUCUUGUAGUUGUAUUUGUCUCCCAGCACUGUACCUGCAGUGCCUCCAGCACCAGCCAAUAGGAUCCUGCCAUGUCAACACGUGGAGGCGGAGCCCGCCUGAUGACGAGCUGUAAAUCUAAUUUUCCUCCGAUCUGCUGAUCUUUCAAGAUAAUGGCGAACAACUCUAAAGAGGAGCCGAAAACGGCGCCGCAAUCCGAUCGCUGGUACAAUCUCACCCUCGGCUCUUCCUUCAAAGACGAUUCGUCUAACAAGUACUGCACGCUGCGAUAUGAAUUUAAGCCAGCUUCAAUUGAUAAGACCAAGCCUGGAAGCUUGCACAAGAAUAAGGACAAUAGGGUUUCUGUGGAAUUUCAUAACAAUCAGUUAGGAAAACCUAAAGUGACAUUUGAGGGAAGCAGUGAGGAUUACAAAGAAAAUGAUGCUGUUUUGCUUUUUGAUGGUCAGACAUUCCGGUUGGAGCGGCUUCACCGGGCAGUCAAGCAGCUUAGGCACCUUCGAAUGCCUGGCGAAUCUGCAUCAGCAGUUUCGGCUGCGGUUGAGCCAAGGUUAUCUCCAGUUGGGAAGGGUUCAAAACCAACUCAUAUAAGUAGAAACACGUUUCCUGCUGUGCCAGUUGAAGUGGAAAAGAUUGAUAUUGGCCAGCCAGAGAAUUCAGGUGCAAAACCUGCUGGUAAGGGGAUUGCUGAUCAAUUUGAUCAACCAAAUUUGUCUGCCACCUCACCGGGGUCUAAAAAUGAUGAAGGUGACGAGCAUCAAGAUAUAGAUUUGGUUGACAUCUUCGGCGAUGGAAGCCCCGAUGAUGGAAAUACCACUGAACAAAAAGCAGAUGUUGGAUCUGAUAUUAAGGUGCCCCGACACCAUGACACUGAUGAUGAGAUUGCUGAUGUAGAUGAUAGUGGUGACGAAGCAGACAAGGGGCCAAAUGCUGCGGAAACCCUUAGAGCUCAGGUGAAGGGGCCAAAUGCCGCGGAUGCCCUUAGAGCCCAGGUGAAGGGACCAAAUGCCGCGGAUGCCCUUAGAGCCCAGGUGAAUGCAGCGGAGGGGGAUGAUCGGUCCUCAAGCUCUAGCAGUAGCAGUGGAAGUGGAAGCAGCGGUACUGGAAGUGGUAGUGGAAGUAGUAGCAGCAGUGAUACUGAAGGCAGCGAUGAAGACUCAGUUAACUCUAUUUGAGGACUCGAGCUAACCAUCGGAAACUUACAAGUAAACAACCUUCCAAGGGAACCAAAGAAUACACAAGGUAUCAAUAUUUAUACAAAUUUUCCUGUCAUACACAAUGUAAUAAGCCAUCCUAAUUUUCUGGGAGAAUGUUUUUGCUUAAUUUCUUUAAGAUUGGUGUGCAAAAAACUGUAAAGAUGUUAUGAUGGCCCCCUUUCAUAAAAGGGAAGCCAAAAUUAACGUAUUUUAUUUAUUUUUGUAAGGAAAAACUAAAUCCGAGGUGACUGAUCGCAACUUUUGCCUGAAAUCAAUCUGGAAAUUUUCUGCCAAAUGAAGGAAAUUCUUUGUUCAA